AUGAUGCAACCUAUUUUUCUUGAAAUAUUUAGACUCUGUAGUUUUCUUGACAAGAGUAGCCUUUGCAGAGCUGCUCUCCAACGUUAUCUCACUUACAAAUCGCCCGUCUAUAUUAUCACCGAUGCAUUGCCAAAUGAUCUGGAUGCUAUGGAAUCCAUAUUCCACCUCGAUUCUUAUUGGCGUGUACCUGUGGGUUCAGAAAUACAAUGUUUCUUACCUUAUAUGGCAUAUUUCUUGAAUUUGGCACUCUUCCAGCUCAAUUUCAUCUAUCUGGAACCGGCACCAUCUGCUGAUUGCGCGACAACCAUUGAGAGUCCGGAUUACAGAGCCAUGGAUUCCCUGGCUCAGCGAACCGGUGGAAUGACAUUCUAUUUCCCAUACAAUAAGCAGGAUCAGAUAGAAUCGUUCCUCUAUCAACACAUGUACGGUACCAUCUACCGUUCUCAACUUCUCUUAUUGGACGAUUUACCAGUUUGCGCCAAUCAGAAAGUGUUCAAUCCGAUUUCGAUCGAUGUUUCAGCCGAGCAAAUGGUUAUUGUAGCUACUGGAAAGAACCUGUCUCUGGUACUCACCACGCCAGAGGGUGACCUUUCAACGUAUGAUACGGUAUACAAUGAUGGAGUAAAUUAUGUGUGGUAAGU